CGCGCCGGCAGCCACUAUCCAAGAUGUCGUCCGUGCUCUCCAUGUGUGUCCGAGCGAGCCACGGCCUCCUGAGACUCAAGAGUGGGGCGACUGGCGCCUCAACCCCAGCAAUGGUGGAAAUCAUCCGCACACUCUAUACGAACAAGCCGGCGGGCGGAGAGGCGGGCGGGUUAGCUCAGGAUAUCCUUCAGAAGAGACUCCAGCAGCAACAGAGUCAGGGCCAGCCGCCCCCAGAGGGACAGCAGAGUGAGAAGGACGGAGAGCAGGAGGACCAGAAAUGGAAGGAGCACAUGGCCUACGCUAAGAAGAUAGCGCUGGGUUUAGCUGGAGUCAUGGGACUCUGCGGAGCCGUCGGCGUCGUCUACGUGUUCGGUUCAAAUUCAGUGGAUGAAGAAGGAAAAAGGAUCCCAGAUGAGUUCGACAAAGAGUUUCCUGUCGUCCGGCACUUUAAAAGAACCUACAAAUACUUUAAGGACUACAAGCAGAUGAUUAAUGAGCCAACAAGCCCGAAGCUGCUGCCGGACCCUCUGAAGGAGCCAUACUACCAGCCUCCGUACACCCUGGUUCUGGAGCUGAUGGACGUCCUGCUGCACCCAGAGUGGUCGAUGUCCACAGGCUGGCGCUUCAAGAAACGUCCUGGCAUCGAUUACCUGUUCCAGCAGCUGGCGCCGCUCUACGAGAUCGUCAUCUUCACCGAUGAGACCGGCAUUACGGCGUAUCCUCUGAUCGACAGCAUCGACCCACAGGGCUUCAUCAUGUAUCGUCUCUUCAGAGAUGCCACUCAUUACAUGGAGGGACAUCACGUGAAGGACGUCUCUUGUCUGAACCGGGACACCAGUAAGGUGAUCCUGGUGGACUGUAAGCGGGAGGCCUUCCAGCUGCAGCCCUUUAACGGCAUGGCGCUGAAGAAAUGGGACGGAAAUUCAGACGACCGCACGCUUUACGACCUCACCAACUUCCUCAAGACCAUCGCUCUGAGCGGCGUGGAGGACGUCCGAGCAGUUCUGGAGAACUACGCUCUGGAGGACGACCCUAUCGAGGCCUUCAAACACCGGCAGGCUCAGCUGGCCCAGGAAGAGGAACAUCGUUUGGCAGAACUCUCCCUGCAGAAGAAAGGAGGGCUGCCCCUCGGCUCCAUCACGUCACGGUUCUGGCACUCCAAACAGCAGUGAGGCCCCCGCAGACCCACAUGCCCACCACGGCCCUGUAUAGUGAUGAGGGGCGGGGCCUGCAUGCCACAGCGCCGCAGCUGUGUGUCAGAGGGACGAUGGUCAGCUCUGCACCAAUCAGAGACAGAUUAGUUGGGGUGGGGUGUCAUUAGACCCCUCCCUCUCUCAUCUUAAGGUCACCUGAUCCAUUUUGAAGCUGCUGAUUGGUUUGUAAAAAGUUUGGUUUGUCUGAGUUUGGAGGCUGAUCCAGGACCAGCACUGCUGUCACCCCUCCAGGUCUGAUGCCCUCCCCCCAGGACAUGACCCUCCUCUCACUCAGAAUCAAAUCUGAGAUCUGAUCUGAGCUCAGCAGCGUUCACCUUCAGACUCUGAUUUUAUUUAAUUUCCUCUUCGUGUGUGUCGGACUGACGGAGGCGGAGCUCCCAUGACUUCUGCCUGAAACGGACCAAUCAGAGUUCAGACGAGUCGACUGAAGUCUCAAACAGCUGCAGGGCAAAACAUCUGGAUAGAGCCGAAGUUCAAAACUCAACCGGAGCUUCGUUUCAGUCGUUAGUUUGUCUGGUGACAGGUGAUGAUGUCAGUGUUUUAGAUGUUUGUCCUCUGAUGUGUUUUUCUGUCUGUGGUUCCUACAAACCAUUAAAACACCCAGAAAAUGUUUCAUUUUGAAAAA